UUCUCAAGUUCUUUCUUUUGUUUCUCAAGUUGAGUAACAACUCUUUCAGAGAGUUUCUCAAAAUUGGUCCUUAAAAUAAGGACCCAAUGGGAUAGCCGAUCCAAAUGCCUACAAGCCCAUAUCUUGAACUAGUCCCAAAGUAAUAUCCAAGAGGAACAGCUCAGAGCCAAUACCCAACAAAAGAAAUCGGCAUUCCAUAAGCCUGAUAUCCCAUGGCUUUCAUGAUUCCAAAAAGAGCACAUUGGAUUCCAUCAGGGAAUAUCAUAGCUGCCAUUAUUGGCAGAGUAAUGAUCAUAUAGUGUUUGAUAUUCGGAUCAGUAGUAAAAAUAUCUGCAAUUUGAGAUCUGAAUGAAAUCAAAGAAAGAGAAAAGAAAAAUCCAAUAAUUGUCACAAUGAUAAUAAUCACUUUGAAAAGCUCCAAGAUUGUUUCCAAUCAAGCUUGACGCCAUUAAAGAGAUUCCUAAUGGCACCAUAUAAAGAAAGGCUUGAAUACUAAUCAAUAUUACGCUGGCACCAAGUUGUGCAACUCCUAGAAGGCCAGCUCGAAAGUGCAUGAACUGAAAUGACCAGACUUCACUUCCAAGAUUUAGGAACGAUG